CAGACGCAGAUCCAAACAAGGGCGGAAGUGCAGGGUCGCUAGGACAAUCGCAGCCGGGUACGAGCAGCAACAAACCUACAACUUCCAGACGUGCGCAACUCAGUUCCUCACUACAAACCAGCCUCACAAUGGUCGCCAGUGGUGGUAGCAAUUUUCACUCGGAGUUCCGCAAUGACCCCGUCGUGAAGGAGAUGAGACAUAUCCGGGAAGAGAACGCUCGGCGCCAAAAACACGACUACUCACACGUGUUUCGAAAUAAGUCCCGGUUUGAUUUCGUCAGAAUCUCAGCAGUCAUUAUGGGGAUGGAGUUUGUGUACUCCGCCGAGACGGCCUUUGUCUCGCCGAUCUUGCUCAGCAUUGGCAUCGAACAUCAGCUAAUGACCAUGGUGUGGGGCAUCUCGCCACUGAUCGGGUUCUUCCUAUCGCCCGUUAUCGGUUCGGUUAGCGAUCGAUGCCGGUCGAGGUUCGGUCGAAGACGCCCGGUACUGUUUGCGCUCGGUGUCGGUCUGAUAACGGGUUGCAUACUGGUGCCGUAUGGGAAAAACAUUGGCGCUUGGUUUGGAGACUUGGGCGAAAUUGUAGACGAUCCGGCGAACACGUUCAAUGGUGCUGCUGCCUUAAUAGAUCUCAACGGGACGAUCGUGUCGGAUGCGUUCCGAUCGUACAACUUCUACCGGGUGGAUGAAGAAAUUGCGGAACAUCGGACGGAUUAUAGGUGGGCAAUUGUGAUCACCAUUAUUGGUACGAUCUUGACUGACUUCAAUGCGGACAAUUGUAUGACACCGUCGCGAGCCUUCCUGCUGGAUGUUUCGUUGCCCGAGGAUCAUGGACGUGCUUGCAGUACCUUCUCGAUCCUUGCCGGACUUGGUGGAUCGGUAGGUUACGCAAUGGGAGGCAUCAACUGGGAUAAUACCUCAUUCGGAGAGUUCUUGGGCGGAAGCAUCAAAACCGUCUUCACUUUAGUCGUGAUCAUCUUCACAAUCUGCCUUACGAUUAGCUUGACCAGCUUCCGUGAGAUCCCACUGCCUCUGCUCGAAUCGGACGAACUGCUGCGUCCACUAACGGAAGCAACGAUCAAGAAGGAGAAAGCUCGCCGUCAGAAUCAAAUUUUUGUGGUAAAAGAUGUAAGCAAAGCACUAACGGCUCAACUGCAAUCGAUUCAAUCGCCGCAAGACACUGUGCCACAGAAGAUAAACAACGCGCUGGUCGAUGUGGAGCGAGCUCCAGCGGCAAAGGAUGCGGAUGUAGAGCUUGAGGAAGAGGACGAAAACGUCCAGAUGGGUCCGAUGGAUUUCAUCAAGAGUAUCGUCAUGAUGCCGAAAUCGAUUGCGGUCCUGUGUCUGACGAAUCUGUUCUGCUGGAUGAGCCAUCUGAGCUACGCCCUGUACUUCACGGACUUUGUCGGUGAGGAGGUGUUUAAGGGCAAUCCAGCAGCACCUUCGUACUCGGAAGAGUAUAAACUGUUUCUCGAAGGUGUCCGAUAUGCUUGCUUCGGUAUGGCCAUCUAUUCGAUCUCUUGCUCCACCUGUUCCUUCACGAUCGAGAAGCUUAUCAAGGUGUUGAAGGCACGCACGGUGUACUGCGGUGGCCUGAUACUGGAUGCGAUCGGUAUGGCCUGCAUGGCGUUCUUCCCGAACAAGGUGACCGUUUACGUGCUCAGUGCUACGGGUGGUAUUGUGUACGCACUACUCUUCACGAUGCCAUUCCUGCUGCUUGGACAGUAUCAUGCGAAGGGAACGUUUAAAGUAACGAAACCGGGUGCCGAACCAACGCAGGAACGAAAGCGCGGUCUCGCAACGGACAUUGCCGUCGUCGGUGGUAUGAUCUUCGUAGCACAGAUCAUCGUUGCCCUCGGUAUGGGUUCGCUUAUCUCCGCGUUCGGCACGACCUCGGUUGUCGUUUUCAGUGCCAGCAUUUGCAGUCUGCUUGCCUCGAUCUGUGCCUCGCAGGUUGUCUACAUGGACCUGUGA